ACAGCAGCAAAAAAUGAAUGACAUCGUGAAUAUCUGCUCUGUGUUUAGGUUGUAAAGUAGCUUUUAAAUAAAUCUCAAACAUUCGUUCGAAUAAGAUGAAUACAAUCGCAUCAUUGCACAGUUUUGUAUUUUAAGUAUCUUGCCAUUGGAAAGUCAAUAUUUUUGAGGUGAAGCACCCAAACAAUCAUACCAAAUUUAUGAUCACAUGUACAACAAUCGCUUUAUUGGAUGGCCUUUCAGAGCAUGGCAGCUGACUCAGGUGGUUCUUAUGAACCGUUACAACUUGAGCCAUUUAUACACCAGGUUGGAGGACACUCAUCAAUGCUUCAGUUAGAUGAGGACACUAUCUGUAAACCACUUAUUCCUCAAGAAUUAAACUUUUAUAAAACUGCCCCUGAUAAUUUGAAAGAAUUCAUGGCUGAAUAUAAAGGUUUAAUAGAAGUGACUUUUUCAGAAGCCCAUGAUGGUUAUUUAGAUUUAACAACUUAUAUUCCUCCAAUGUUAAAAAAGUCUUCGAGUAAACCAAAUUCUCGUUCCAACUCGCUCACAGAUGAGCGAAAAACAAAGCACAGAGAUACACAAAAGUAUCCACCAUUAAAGAUGAAUUGUUAUUUACCUAGGAUACGAUUAUGUCAGUCGGGUAACAUUCAAAUAGAAAGCAUUCCAUUUGAGGAGGAAAAGAAGAAAUAUGAGGAAUGCAAUCACGGUAAAGGUCAAAACGGUAGUUUACUCAAUCCUUGGGUCUUACAUUGUCAUCAGAAGCAGAUGAAAAAAUUGCAAAAAUCAUCAUCUACUAUUAGCCAAAAGUACAUCUUAUUAGAAAACAGAGUAUCGAAGUAUGAAUUCCCGUGCAUAUUAGAUAUCAAGAUGGGAACUAGACAGUAUGGAGAUUCUAUGUCUUUGGCUAAGAGGCAGUCACACACUGCUAAAGCUGCAGCAUCUACCUCUGCUAUUCUAGGAGUUCGAAUUUCUGGAAUGCAGGUAUAUCAUCAAGAUUCCGGUCAUUAUAUAUGUCAUAACAAGUAUUAUGGACGCAGUUUAACUGUAGAUGGUUUUCAAAAAGCACUGUAUAAUUUUUUACAUGAUGGUGUUAAACUGCGCUACAAUGUUAUAUCUGCAUUACUUGAGAAAUUGCGAAAGUUACACUCUGUGGUCCAAAGAUUGAAUACAUUCCGUUUUUUCACUAGUUCUUUAUUGAUUAUCUACAAUGGUAGUGAACAAUUUAACAAUAAAUACGACCCAAAUGGUGAACCAAGCAUUACCUUACAGCUUGCAGAUAAUGGCAAUGUCGGGAAAGAGAAUAAACUCAAAGACCCUCAGUCUAAAAGUUGUGAUAAAUGCUCAUCAAUUUCUAGUAGUGCAACUUUGUGUAGAAAGCAUGUACCCCAUUCUGUGGAUAAAGCUAGUGAACGUUCACGACCUAUUGUGGAUCUGUGUAUGAUUGAUUUUGCACAUUCGACUCACAGUCGAAUGCCUGAAAAUACUGUAAGCCAUGAAGGACCAGAUGAAGGCUAUUUGUUUGGUCUUGAGAAUCUCAUUACUCAUCUAGAAGUUAUUCAACAUAUGGAGAAAUAAGUCAAAAAUUUGUCAAGUGUGUUCGCUUUGUAGUCUAGGAACAAAUAUGCAUUUCUUUUUUCACUCCACCAAGCCUUGGUGUUUAUUUAAUCAUAUGUGAAGGAACUAUUCUUAUUUACCAGUAUUAUUUUAUUUGUGUGAGACAUUUUGCAUUGCUAUUUGUUUUAAACAGAAAUCAAGAAUUAGAAUUGUAUUUAUAAAGGAUUAUGGUAAAUUGUUUGAAGGAAAUUACUUUUGUUCUGGUUAUUAUUCUGCUCUCAUAUAAAGUUCAAUUUCUUCUGGAUAUUUUUUUAUUAUAUUUUAUAUAGUGAUGCUAAAAAUAAUAUUAUUUUGAAUUCCAUAUAACAUAAAAUAAUUGUUAUGCUAGAAAAAUAACUUUAGAAAACUUGGUGGGUGUGAUUUGUAGGGAUUGAUUUAUUAAGUGAAUUUCUUUUUCUAUACAUGAGAGCUUAUAUGAUUAUAUUAUAAAGAAGUUUAGAUUGGAAUAUAUCAAUAGGUAUUUUAUAAAUAUAAUUUUUUGUUUUUAAUGGUACCUGUGAUCUUUUUACUUACUAUCCCGGCAUUUGUUUUAAUUUAUAUUAGUGUGCAUUUUUGCUUUUUGUUGGAGAUUUUCUUCUAAAAUGCUUUUACGUUUGUUACUUUCAUCAAAAAUGUAUUUAUUUCCCUGUUACUUUUCAUGCAUUUAUGACUGAAUGCGAUUAUUUUUUUGUGUAUGUAAUUAUUAAUGGCUAGGUAAUAUUGUGUGUUUUUUUUUCAGUAUUUCAUUUUUAUGAUACAAUUAUACAGUUUAUCUUCUAGGUACUAAUUGGAACCAUUUAAUAAGUGAGAGAUUGUUACUAUUUAAUACCAUUAAUUUUAUUUGAGUUAAAAGAAUUAAUAUUUUUUUAGAUGAUGCUUAUGGAAAUUUGUUUUUUUUAAUGUUUUGAUCAUUAAAUUUCAUAUUCUAGUUUGUAAUUGCCAGUUUAGUUAUCUGAAAUAAUUUGUUGCAUUUGCUUUUUUUAUUUAAUAGAAAAUCUACAGAAUUAUUCAAUAAUACUAAAUUUCAUAAGAUUAGGUCUCCUUCAAAUGUAAAUUAUUUUGGAAAUUAAACUAUUUGACAAAAUUGCAUUGUCACUAUGUUAUACAUAGUUACUAGCACUUUUGCUUUGCACUAUUUUUAUUGCAGGUUUUUUUUCUGCUUAAGUCUUAAUUCAUUACAUGUUUUGAAAAAACGUUUGAUGUAAGAUAAUACCUUUGUAUCAGUUUUGUUAAGAAGUUUUAUUGCAUAUUUGCUACAGUAGACUUGCAAAAUAGUGGCCCUUAAUGCAAAUGUUAUACAUCUAUUGUAACUUUUAUUUUAUGUGUGUUUAAUGGAUGGUCAGAUUGUAUAGUAAUUCAAUACUCAGAUUUGAAUUAUUGUAAUCCAUUUGUAAUUUUCAUACUUCAAAAGAAGAAAAAAAAACCUGAACUUUUUAGAGUGUCUUUCUAUGUAUAGUGGUUUCUAAAUAAUUUUUAGUAUCAACUGCCAAUAACUAUCUAAUAUUUUGGCAUUAUCAGCUGUGAAUACUAUUUUACCAGUUUAUUGUACAUUUUUGUAAAGCAACACUCACUGCUGUUGUGACAAGGGUCCGUUUGCAUCUAUGAAAAGUAAUGAUUUAAAAAAAGAAUAUACAGGGGUCCUUCGAGUGCGAGCCUACUGUAAUAAAUUUGAAGGUGUCUUUCAUUUUUAUUUAUCAUACAUUCUGUCACAGAUGAAUUAAAUGUAUCAUUAAUUUGUUAUCUUGGACGAUCAAUCAGUAUGUGAGUAUUAAUAUUCAUCAGUCCAAUCGUAGAAUAAAGGUCUUAAUAUGGACCUUAAGUGUUAGAUUGGAACUUUUCCCAUAUGGGGAAAUCAUGUAUAGCAAGCAAAUACUAUGUAUUAACAGCAUGUAUACUUCCAUGUCAAUUUUCCAUUGUGGAAACAGCCUCUUUCACAGAAGUAAUGGCUUUACUCACUGUAGCUUUAUAUUUAUUUAAACAUAUGGUAGUAAAUGUUGGCAUUAAUUUAUAUAUGUGUGUAUAUGUAAUGUGGUUUUUCAGAAAUAUGGGAUACUAUUGUGUGAAAAAAGUUGUAAUUUCUGUAGCUAUACCAGACUUUUUAUUAAUUAUUCUUGGUGGUUUGUCAGUUUUGAAUAGUUCAAUUUGGUAUAAAUCUAGCUGUUAUUUGAGAGUUUUGUUAGUUUUCGCCAUACUAGUAUAUUGUUCAAUAUUUUUAAUGAACAUUUUUUCUUUGUAUUCUUUAUUUUUAAAAGUAAAAACAUAUGAUUUAAAUUAUGUUGGAAGGGUAAAAUUCAACAUCUAUAGAAUUAAGUAUAGUUUUAGGGCAUUGUAAAAAUUAUAAGUAAUUACAAAUCUUUAAUUAAUUUUAUUGUUUUGUUUUUCUGUAAGGGAAAUUAGUUUUUCUAAAAUGAAAAUACACAAUUAAUUUGACGGUGGCAAAUUAUUAAUAAUUAUUGAUUUCCAGUUUAAGAUUGCUUAGAAUCAUUGUUUUCAUCAAAAAUAUAUUCAAAAUUAUUAGAUUUCUUUCAUUGUUUUAUAAAAUCUAAAGAUAUCAACUACAAAAAAGAUAUAAUUACUAGAAAAUGAGGUGCAAAAAUGCAUGGAAAACAUAAUUGGUAUUUAGAAAUAUAUAUAUAUUUUUAUUUAUCCUAGAUUUAUUCAAAUACUAAGUUGUAUUUGUUGAAAAUAGCCCUAUUUUAGUCAAAAGGAUAUAAAAAAAAUAAUUCAGUGACAAUAUAUAUGCAUAUAUUUAAUGAGAAAAUAUUUUGAUGUGUGCCUUUUUCUUAUUUUUUAAAACUAAAAAUAUCUUUAUAAAAAUAGUACUAUAGUUUACUAAAUUUUAAUGUACUUCAUAAUGAAAAUUGUUUUUCUAUUUAAAAAAAAAUUGUAAAGUGUAACUUAAAGGUUCUGAUAAGAUUAUUUAAUACAAAAAUUAUAGGAAAUGGCUGAAAUUACUAAAAUAAUUUUAGUAAACCGUAGAUGCAUAUAAUUCAUAUUAAAUAAGUACUAAGGAAAUAAAUAUAUUUAAUACCUUUUUUAUAGUUGUAUUGAUAUAUUUUAGGUGUGAAAAUUAAAAGAACAUUGAUUGAUAAUUUUAGUCUUCACAUAAUGAAGUCGACCACAUCUCUUAAAAAGCCAGAAAUGUGAACAAUUAAGACCAGUAUUAUAUGUUAAUAAAAUAUUUUAAGUCAUUAGAUUGAGAAAUUCAUCUUGAUAGGAGAUAUUGGUUUUAAUAUUUAUGCUAUUGUACUUUUAAUCUGAAAGCUUUUUAAAUGUCACAUUAUCAUGAGUUACUAAUAUAAUGAGGAAGCAAUUACAUUCUUAGAUUUAAGGAGGGAUAAACGAGUAAUAUUUUCGGUAAUAAUAAUACCAAUAAAGAAUUUAAAUUAUGUAAAUACCAAAUUAUUUUUUAAUGCAGUCUUGCUUUAUUAAAUAUUUAAAUGAUUAGAAAUUUUUGUUCCUGAUAAUUGUGAAUAAAUAAAAUUUCAACUAUAUAACUUUGCUCUGUAUAUGUUGAAAAUUAUUAAGAAAGAGUGAAAUGCUCAAGGGACCAUAUAUAAAUCUAGCUACCUUUCUUAGAUAUACAUUUUUUUUGCCAAUAAAAAAAUUGUUAGCAAUUUGGAAAACUUUCAGACUGAACAAGUACAUUGAAUUUAAAGUGAGAAGAAUGUAAAAUCAUAAAGCAAUCAUCUUUUAGAAAAUAAUUGUAUCUCAUCAACAUAAUUCCUCUUUAAAUGCUGUCUUAGUUCAUCGUUACAUCAAAUUAGAUUGCUAGAUUAAAGGGUGAAUUUUUUUUCAAAUGAAAAAAAUAAAGAGGUGGUCUGUUCUAGAUCAUUUUUUGUAAUUGAGAAGCUCAGACUCCUUGACAACAGUGGGGAACAUGAGUACAAAUUUACAUUAGUCAUGAUAAGUAGUGAGGGUGAAAUUUUAAUAAAUACCCUAGGGAUUGCACAAAUUUAUAUUUUUCAUACUUUUUCCUCUUGUUUCCUUUUUUAGAGGAGUGUCAGUUUCUCUUCAUUUUGUUAAUAUCUGACAUAGAAAAAAAUUAAUUAUGUGUAAGUUACUAUUGUAAAUACUCUUGCAAGAGUAAUUUUAUAAUAAAAUUGUGAAAAUGAAGUUAAAAAAUUUAUAGGCGAGCUAAAACUAUUGGGAAAAGGCUUCAGAAAUAAAUUUUUUAUGCAUUAAAGAUAAAAUUAGAUUUUAAUACUGGACUUGUGCGACAAAAUCCAUUAUACCCCUCCCUUCCUCCCUGAAAUUUAUAUAUUUUGCAUGAGAUUUCAUUUCUGAUUUGGUAUUUCAUAAUUAGUCUGAUGUACUAAAUUAAUAUCAAUAUUUCUUUCUUUCCUACACUUAAAAUUUGUAGUAUCUGUUUUGUGUAUCUUUAUUCAUUGUACUUAGAAUUGUUAUUGUUGCUAAGUUUUAAAUUUUAUAUUAAAACUUCAGAUUAAGAAAGAA